AUGCUCGUAGGCCGCGUCGCCGCGCUCGUGCUCGCGCGUCUCGUGACGGCGACAGCGCACGACGUGCCCUACGUGAGCGGCGCAUGCGAGGAGUCCGUGCAGCUCGUCAAGCGCGCGCCGCUGCGCGUCGCCAUCGCGACGCUGUGGAUCGACGAGCCGGCGGACGACGGACGCCGGCUCUUGCCGCGCGCGUUCCGACGGGCGGCGCUGGCGCGCAUCUCGGCGUUCCUGUGCGCGGUCCGCGCGGCGACGGAGAUGCCCGUGCUCGUCGGCACGUCGAACGCGGACGUCGAGGCGCAGCGGCGCAUCUGCGACCCGUCGCGGCGCGUCGGCGUGCUGAACCUGACGGCGGUCGACACGAAGGCCGUCUUCCGGCCGGUGUACGCCGUCGACGAGGCGUCGACGCGGAAGAUGUGGUUCAAUCUCACGACGAACCAGGCGCCGCAGGCGCGGACCGACGGCUGGAAGACGCGGUACAAGUUCAUCCUGUUUAAUUGCACCCGCUGGGCGGACCAGUUCGUCUACCUCGACCUGGACGUCGUGCUCCUCGCCGACCCGCACCGCGUCGCGAAGCGCUGGGCGCGGUUCCCGCUCGUCUCGGCCUUCGAGUGCGCGCACCGGGGCUACGUCGGGAUGCACGGCAGCGUCAUCGUCUUUCGGACGGACGCGGCCGUGUCCCGGGCCCUCUUCUCGAAGAGCUUGACGCGCGACUACCUCGUCUACACCAACGGCGACCAGGACAUCAUGGACGCCUACUGGUGCCCGUCGAUCAGCGCGCUGCCGGACACGCGGCGCUACGCGGGCUGCGAGAUCAAGACGCGCCUCGACCGGAGCUUCGCGCUGACCUACGACGGGCCCGCGGCGCCCGUCGAGCUCACCGUCGACUCGUCCUGCCCGGACGCCGACGACGACGGCGGGCCCGCCUGCUACAACUUCCUCAACCAGGGUGGCGAUGAUACCGUCGGCUGCGUCAUGUCCGCGCCGAGCCUCAACGCCGCGCUCUUCGGCGACGCCGACGACGACGACGGCGGCGGCGGCGACGGCGCGCGGACCGACGGCGGCGACCACCGCGGGACUCUCAUCCAGUGUGACGGGCCGACGCGCGAGUUCGUGCUCCACCUCAACGAGACGCACAACUUCCUCCUCCAGGAGCUCGACGAGAAGACGCUCCUCAUCGACGGGUCCUUCUCCGCCAUGGUCCAGGCCGAGCUCGCGAAGAGCCUCGAGCGGCACGUGUUCUCCACGAAGAACAAGGAGAAGGCGAGUUAA